AGAGUUGGAUGAUUAUUGUAACUUGUUUUAAAUUCGAAUGACCUUUGUUCGCGUAAUCUACAUUAAACAAAGUCAGAUGAAGAAAACUAGGUAGGCUUCGCUAAAAGUUAGGGUAAACUACACACAACUGCUCUUUUACGUCAAAUACAUUUACAUUUUCUUGACUUGAAAAUUUCGGAAUCGUAUCUUCCUGUCCCUAUUCUUCUCCCACGACGAGGCGUACACCUUGACCGCGUUGUUACUCUGACGAUCUGAAUUAAUUUUGAAAUAUGCAAGAUCGUUUCAAAGUACACAAGAUUAGAGGUUUUUGUAAUGUAACUCUGCAUUCAAUAAACUGUUGGAAUCAGACACGAAAUACACUGAUUUCCCAGUCUUCCUUCAAGAAAUUCGCUAACCCCAAUAAGCUGUGAAAAUAGAAAUUCCAUUUUAAUUUUCGAUCACAUCGGUUUCUUUUCCGACACGUUUGCUUCGACAUUAUGGAGCCAUUUGCACCUGUUUUAUGGGUUUUCAUUUACGAUUUCAUAUUUUCCUGUUGCUAUAAAAAGGCACCUUUUCGAAAUUACAGUUAGUCUUCAUCUAACACUGAUGAUAAUAUUUUUUUGAGAAUAAAUUUCUUUCUAACACUACAAAAUAAUAUACCUUAUGGAGAGAUGAAAAUAGGAAUCGAAUUGCGUAAAAUUAUCGUUUUUUCUUUUCGUAGAUAUGAAUUAUAUUUUCCGGAAAUUGGGCCGGAACAACCUCUAAAGAGAAAUUUGACUCCAUGCAAAGAAAUCGUAUUCGAGCAUUUUCACCGCCACCAAAGCGGCGCCGCUGCUUAACAUCAACAGCCGAAUCACCGAUGGCCUUAUUAUUCGGGUUCCGUUUCUAUGCAAACAAUCUGGGGUUGGGAAAAAUUUGGACCAAGGCAACGAAAGAUGACUUGCAAAGACUGUGCGAGAAAUAAUUCUUCGCAACGACCUUUUUUGUGGAGAGUUCACUCAUAGCACAUUUAGCUUUGGAGCUUAGCGACAUCAUUGUUAUUUUUUUCUUGUCUUUCCCUACUUUUUGCGAUGUGCCGUUCUGUUCUCGAUCAUGCAAGCAAAUGUCAAUCAGUGAUAUUCAGCGGUUUGGAAGAAUUCCACAAUGCAAGUAAAUAUUUCAAGGUGUUUUGAUCCAAUUUAGUUGUGUCGAUGCUGUUAACUCUCCAUCUCUCUCGCCUUUCGGCGCACUCCAAAAAUGUAAUCCUUUUGUAAGACGGAUCGGAAAUCCUAUAAGCGAGACAGUUCAGAUUAGGGUUGGACAAUCCAGCUUAAGUGUAACGCUCCAUUAGCUUAAGCAAGUUUCGUCCAGUUGCUCGUAGUAGGAGGUCUGGAACCUAGAGUUUUGUGAGUGAGGUGCUUGACAUGUGAAUGUGACAGAUAAUUAAUAUAUGAAUUAGUUGGGCUGGCUAUGACAAUGCCGUCAGACGAUCAAGAGAUAUGUUUGACAACGUUGAAUGGUUUUUUAAAUCCCUGAGUUGUACUAAGAAAACAAAAGGUAUUAUUCCACGUUGUGUUGAGCACAAAUGUUUUCAAUGGCGACUUUGUUCUGCUAUUCAAAGGGAAAAUUUCUCGGGUAAAUAUUUUUCAUUCCAAUUUGUGUCAAUAUCAAGACCUCUCUAGUUUUGAACAUCGCGGCUUGUCUGGGUUUUGUGGGGGUUGAGAGUUCCUAUCAGCAAGCGAUAGAAAGAUAUCAAACUCAAUAAUAUCUCGCCAAUUGGUGACCGCCGAGGCGGAGCUCCUAACUAGGACGUGCUAAAUCUCGUUUGGUUCCUUUCACAAAUUUCUGCUAAUUAUAUCGAAGUGUUUGAGGUUCAAUGAGAUCCAACCCUAAAUCCACCCUUUUGUUUUGAUUCAAAUUUGCUUGUUGUUGCGCCGCCAAGCAUAGAGAAUUGAACAAAGCGUUCACAUUGCCCUCGAUCGGUUAGCACUGAUUUUGACGGCGCAUAAACAGUGUGCUUGUUUCAAAGCUGACUUCUAUUCAGCGAUUCAGUGACAACUCCAGCGUGCCCGAUUCAAUUCAAUUUGCGAAAUUAUCGACUAAAUUUAUUUCACACGCACCCAAACAGAUAUCGGGGCGUCCUUCAAGAAGAACGUUAACAGAUAUUGGUUUUGUUACUUUCCACGUGCGUGAGUAAACGGGAAAUACAAAAGUCAGCUGUCACUUUCAAUAACAACUUCGAGGUAUUUGCUCGCGACGGGCCAGAAAUCUUGAUCUUUGAUCUUCAACAGGGCUCUUCAGUUGCGAUCGGCUAGGCCACGGCCGCUGUUUCGCUCCAUAUGUUUGAAACAGUGUACUAAAAUUUAUCUGUGGUUAGUUUCUGAACAUACACCUGCGUUUAUCGCUGUUUCAAAUCUAAAAAAACGCGCAAAGUUUGACAAGUGGUGAAAGGUGGGCGACCAAUGACAAGUGUGGCAUUCACAACUGGGUACCAAUUUGUAAAAUUGGUGGUAGUGCCUCCGGCCAAUAAACUGCCGGACAAUGACAGCUCAGGUCACGUGUCACUGAACGAUUCGGCUGCGCCAAUCGCAGAAUGCAUCUAAAGAGAUCGGAAUUUUGAAGUAUUCGGUUCGUCAGCUGGCAGUGUCUCUCAGUUAGUAAUCCCAUUUUGGUUGAUAUCACCAAGAGUGUAUUCUGUAGCUUCCUCGGGAAUGAGCGAACAGGAACUUCAACAGAAGCGUCGAAUAUCCAUGUGUGUCGGCUGCGGAUCUCAGAUUCAAGACCAGUACAUUCUCCGCGUAGCACCCGACUUGGAGUGGCACGCAGGCUGUCUCAAAUGCGCGGACUGCCACACGUAUCUGGACGAGACAUGUACUUGUUUUGUGCGCGACGGAAAGACGUACUGCAAACGUGAUUAUGUUAGGUUGUUCGGCACAAAGUGCGCCAAGUGCUCCCGGUCGGUGACCAAAAACGAUUUCGUGAUGAGGGCCAAGAAUCAAAUCUAUCACAUAGACUGUUUUCGCUGCAUCGCCUGCAGUAGACAGCUCGUACCGGGAGACGAAUUUGCUCUGCGGGAGGACGGGUUAUUUUGUAAAGAAGACAACGAAAUCGUUGAGAAAGCUACGGCAACAGCUCAGGCGGCUCACGCUCGCGGAGGACAAAGAUCUUCCUCUCAGUCAUCAGCACACUCAAAUGGCCAACCAGACGGCUCACCAACGCGACGUGGGAAAUCAGAAAAAACGACAAGGGUUCGCACCGUGUUGAACGAAAAGCAGUUGCACACUCUACGGACUUGCUACGCGGCGAACCCGCGACCCGAUGCGAUGAUGAAGGAACAGUUAGUGGAGAUGACAGGCCUUAGUCCUCGAGUGAUACGAGUGUGGUUUCAGAAUAAGCGUUGUAAGGACAAGAAGAAAUCUAUGAUGCUUAACAAAACUUCCUCGCAUCACCAACACCAGGGACCAGGUUCGGACGACGGGCAGAGUCCGACGGGUAGCUCUCCGAAUGCAAUUUCCCGCUCGCUACCGCCAUCAGCUAUUUCGGGUGUUCAGACGUAUUCUACGAAUUUAACUCCACCUUCGCUAAGACCGCCAACUGACGUCUCACUGAGCGAUCUGCCCAGCUAUCAGCCUUGGAAGGCCCUCAACGAGUUCGCUUUACACAACGAUAUGGAUCAAGGUCCAUUUCAACAACUGGUGCAGUUUUCGGAACAGGCGCCCCAUCUGGUAUCGCGAACGCACGAAGGAAUUGGGGCAAAUUGAAAUCCUCGACUCUUUGGGCAGACUUUCUAUUCUAGGGAACUUAUGAGAAGUGGACAUCCAACGAAUGGCACACGCUCACCUACCGGAAAUCUUAAUUUAUUUCUUCUAUCGCAAGCCGCAACGAACAUUAUAUAUAGCGUAAGUUUAGCAUGAAUUAUGGCAAGGGGCAUAACAUUAUGCUUUAUGUCGGCAAUGUAUAUAUUCUUUAGGAUCCGUUUUACGUGAUGAGAGAGAGAGACGUUCUCAAUAAAGAUAAAAGUUCACCAGGA